GAACAAAUACGAAAAGUAAAACAGAGCGAAAAAAUAUCUAAAAAUUCCUGGAAAAUAUCGCAGAAUUUUAUGUAUUCGUUACAAGGACCUUAGGAAAGUCGCAAAGAUUAAUUCUCAGGUUUAAGAAACAAUUUCUUUUCGAGAUUUUUGCCUGUUUUUUCUUUAAACCUGGAUGUUGUCGUUGGGUCACGUCUUCAUCUGCACGAAUUUAGAGAUUUUUCUUCCAUUAUGUUGUUGUUGUUGUUGAAAUAUUCGCUAGAAUCAUGAAUGCUAUUAUUGCACUGUGUCAUUUCUGUGAAUACCAUGGUCCUACGGUGCUAUUUUGCACUCAGGCGUUUCACUGUGAGGAACACGAUCCUAUAGGAGCUGAUAAUCUUUCUUCCUCAGACUGUGGUUCUUGUGCUAAAAGGUGUUUUAGUCGUUCAAUAUCAACAAGUACAUCCGAGGGAGCAAGUAACAAUACGACACCCAAAUCAAGCCAGUGUGAGGCAUGUUACUCACUUGACUCCACUCAUUCUGGAUACAUUAGUAUUGACAAAGAAGCCCACAUCAGUUACUAUAGCAACCGUAACCCAGGGCAACAAGAGUUAUAUAGUAUUGUCAGACAGGCAUGUGUUCGAAGCUUGAGUUGUGAAGUUUGUCCAGGUCGUGAAGGACCAAUGUUCUUUGGUGAGGAAGCAACAGGAUAUGUCUUCACACAUACUUUCUUCUUGAAAGACAAGCAGUCCAGAGGGUUCCAGAGAUGGUAUAGCAUUAUUUGUGUGAUGAAAGAUAAAAUUUAUCUGAUAAAUUCUUGGCCAUUCCUCGUCAGCCAUUUUCGAGAAUUGAUAGAUGAACUGCAAGUUAAGUCGAAUAAAGUAUAUGAAUCAGAGCAGGCAGAAAGUGCUCAAAAAGGACAAGGAUUGCAAUCAGGUGGAACUUCAGGAUUUGUCCUUACUCCAGACCAGUUCCGUAGGCAGCGUGGUGGGCACAAAGUGUAUCGCUCCAUAUCAGAUCUCUUAAAGGAUAAGAAUCUUUUUGCAAUGUUGCAUCAAAGAUUUGCAUGGAUGCUGAAAGCUUGUGGUAAUCGCAUCUCAGAAAAACUGUUGGAAGGUCCACCAAAGGAAGAACUUCUUGCUGACGAUCAUGAGUCAGAAUUCACCUCAGAUUUAAGUGAACAUGAUGAAUCAAGUGAGCCUGUUCCUCUCUUUACAUCACUAAGACACAUGGUUAAGAUUCUUGGCACCAGACAGUUUCACAUGUUAGCAUAUCAUGUGAUUCAAGGCAAUCAACUUAUUGUCAGGGGUAGGGACAGGAAGACUGUUGCAUCAGCAUUGAAUGCUCUCAAGAUUCUCAUUCCUAGUGGCUGUUGUAAUUGCAUCCCAUACAGUACAGAGUACAAGGAUUCCUGGAGAUGUAAUUUUCUUGGUUUGGCCCCAAGUGUAGAGAUUCCUGUCCACAUUUUGUCUUCAGAUCUUUUUGUUCUCUUGGAUAUAAAUCAUCCAAUACAUCAUAUCACAGAGCAAAGUGAAAACUCCUCAGACAGUGAAGAAACUUUUACCGACUAUGAUUUUACAGUUUGUGGAAAAGAAAGUGCGCCAUCCCCAACAAUCUUACAUAAAAUAGAACACUGUCUGUCAAUUGAUAAUAUCUCUGACAAAGUGCUGGAGCAGAUGUUGCUUUGCCUGAAAGAAGAAUGGAUGGACAAAGUGAAAGUUGUUUUCAAGUUUGCGAGGUCAGGGCCAACAAGCAAGGAAGACAAGGAAAAACUACUUCAAGUAUUAGGCACUAAACCAGAAGAUGAAAUCGUGCUUAAGUUUUGGAUGACAGGCCUGAACCGUCAGUACCGCAACCAUCUUCUAACCUGCACAGGAAAUAGCCCCUCGUCCCCUCCCCCCUCGUGACAAAAAUAGAACAUGGGGAAUCUCGACGAAACGCAUGACACAGGCAGUGUAUAAAAUAUUUGUAUAUAAUGGUACCCGUUUAGAAAUAAUUUAAAUUAAUCAGUGAUUUUUGAAAUAAUGUUUUUUCGUGCUGUUGUGUUGUUUAUGUUGUUAUGUUUGUGUCCUUUUUGCAUAUCAAGUUUUGCUCCAUACAUUAGUGUCAAAGUUGGAGUUGAGAAAGGUCACCCCAUAUAUGGAACCAUAUAAUUCAAUAUUUGGAUUGCGGGUCUUUACCCUGAGGUCAAAGAUGGCGGACAAGCGUGUUCGUCGGCUGGCGAAACGGGUGAGAGACAUUUACUAGCUUGGCGAAGACGAAAAACAAGAAAAAACUACAAAAAAA